GGCGAUCCGUCGCCAUGUCCCGCACGGGGAGCCGCCUCGCCUCCGCCGUCGUGCGCCUCCCCGGCCGCUCCAGGGUCUCCGCCUCGCCCUCCCCUCGCCGCCGCUCCCUCUCCCCGUCGCCCUCCCCGCGCCGCCAACGCCGCCGCGACCGGUCCCCCGUCCCCUCCCGCGACCGCCGCGGCGACCGGUCCCCCGUCCCCUACCGCGACCGCCGCCGAGACAGGUCCCCUAGCCCCUACCGCGACCGGCGGCGCGACCGGUCCCCCAGCCCCUUCCGUGACCGCCGCCGCCAGUGGUCGCCCUACCACAAUGACCGCGGCCGGGACACGGACCGGGACCGGGCUGAACCCCCCGCGCGCCGUGGCGGCGGCGAGUGGUCCGCCUCCGACGACGACGACGAGGACCUCAAGGGGCUCACCUACUUCGAGUACCGCUGCGCCAAGCGCCAGAAGCUCCGCAAGAACAUGAAGCGCUGCAUCUGGAAGAUCACGCCCAGCCCCCCUCGACGCGACGGCGAGGCCGACGAGUACCGUUACAGCGACGACGAGGAGAAGGAGAAGGAGAAGAAGGAAUCGCCCAAGAAGGACUCGUCUGAUAAGAGCGAGGGCGAGGAGAAGAAGGAUUCCUCCGAAUCUGAGUCUGGUGAGUCUGAUAGCCUCUCCGAUUCCAGCGAAUCGGAUUAUUCUAGGAAGAAGAAGAAAGGGCGUAAGAGUAGACACCGCAGCAGCAAGCGUAGCCGGCGUGCCCAUCGUAGCCGCUGCCGCUCGUCUGAUAUAGGGAGUGGAAGUGACGGCGAGGAUUCGGAGGGUUCUGAUGAUUCGGAGGACUCGAGGGAUAGGAGGAGGAAGCGAUCACGGAAGCACAAGAAGUCUAAGAGGAGGGGCCGGAGCUCCAGGAGGAAGAAGAGUAAGAGUCUGGAUGUACCAUCUGAUGGAAGCUCUGAGGAGGUGGAGGUUUCAGGCUCUAGCCCUGUCUCGAUGGACAGUAAGAAGUCGGACAAGAGCUCAAGGAAGAAGAAGAGUAAGAGUCUGGAUAUACCAUCUGAUUCCGAAGAUUCGAUCCCUAUGGAUGCUGUUGCCAACGCUGAUGAUAAGGAAGUUGAGAACACAGAUGAGCCGGAGAUUGACCCAGAGGCAAUCAAGUUCAAGGAAAUGCUCGAGGCCCAGAAGAAGGCUGCGCUGGAGAAUGAGAUGCCAGUUGGACCGAUGCCACUCCCGCGUGCAGAUGGUCAUAUUAGCUAUGGUGGUGCACUCAGACCCGGUGAAGGUGAUGCUAUUGCACAGUAUGUACAGCAGGGGAAGCGUAUCCCACGGCGUGGUGAGGUUGGUCUGUCUGCAGAUGAGAUUCAGAAGUUUGAAGAUUUGGGGUAUGUGAUGAGUGGGAGUAGGCACCAGAGGAUGAAUGCUAUCCGUAUCAGGAAAGAAAACCAGGUUUAUAGUGCAGAGGAUAAGAGGGCGCUGGCCAUGUUUAACUAUGAGGAGAAGUCCAAGAGAGAGCACAAAGUCAUGGCUGAUUUGCAGCGCUUGGUUUCCAGAACCAUUGGCGAGGAGACAGGACCAUCACAUGAUCCAUUUGCUGCUACAGAUGACUGAGUAAUUAUUUCUCGCUAUUUUACAAAGAAAAUGGUUGCUGCUAUUAGUUAUGCAUGUUUUUCCUCUUGCUCCUAUAGUACUAGUGAUAUCGGAUUUGCAUUUUUGUAACUUCUGUUUUGUAUCGACCGUACUUAGCUCAUGGUGCUUAAUAUCCUACAUGUUGGAUCUGUGUUCAUGA